AUGAGUCUCACUUUGGCGGAAGCUGUAGCAUCCGCAAAGAGUUGUUGGAUCUGCGGGUGGUUGGUCUCUAUCGCUGACAACAAUGAAGUCGCGUUGGCCUCUCAAAUAUCAGUCGGUUUUGAUAGUCAUGAAAUCCGGACGCUGGAGCCCCAAAAGUUGCCAUACGACGAAGAGAAUCGCCAGACAGCCAUAACACGUGUCGCUAUUUGGGUUGAUAAGCGGUCGGCUGGAGGCGAGUUCACCUACGGGGGGCUCAUCCAAAAGGCCGGUAGUACCGCGCCUGUGCAUGUGUCCGAUAUGCUCGACUCUGGCAAUCUGGCAGGAGCGGAGCCAUACACUGCGAGACUGCGGCCUUCUGUGGCCGACACACGGCUUUUCAAAUUCUGGAGGGACUAUUGCACAGAAGAACAUCGUGACCUCUGUGGGAAGACCGAGUUUGCAUCAGAACGUGCCCCCUCUAUGCCUUCUAUCCGCCUAAUUGACGUGGCUAGAGCGUGCGUCGUCACGCUAGAUUCUUCAGAGGGUGUGAACUGGGUUGCACUGAGCUAUGUCUGGGGCGAGGCCCAGGUACAUGCAUUGAAGAAGGACAACUAUGCGUCAUACCACCAACCAGGGGCAUUGAAUGCUGAAAAUAUGCCUUCGACAAUCCUCGACGCUAUAACUGUUACGCGGGAAAUGGGGGAAGAUUACCUUUGGGUAGACUCGCUCUGUAUCGUUCAAGACGACGAUGAAGACAAGUUGCGAUGGAUUCCUGCAAUGGAUAUCAUUUAUGGCCAAUCAACCUUUGCAAUCAUAAACGCAGCCGCCGAUAAAGUAUCCUCUGGGAUCCCUGGCAUAGAUGCGGCCUCCCCGCGUCCGACCCAGGACGUCUUCGAGGUCAACGGUACGUGGCUUACAGUAUCCCUCGAUCCACCACAUCGCCCCUUCGAGGGCUACCUCCAGAACUCUAGAUGGUACACUCGAGGAUGGACCUAUCAAGAAUGUUUACUGCCGCGGAGAUGUCUCAUCUUCACCCAGGAGCAAGCUUACUGGCAAUGCCUCGGGGCUUCUUGGUGCGAAGAUGGAUCCUGGGAGCAAAACUCCCGGGAAAUUCCAAUUAUGUAUCGACACUGUCUUGGAAGGACGAGCCUGAGCCAGGAAACCAUGCGGUCAUUGUUUGGAGACACAUCGAUCCACUGGUCCGGAAUAUACACGAUGGCACUGGAACAAUAUCUACAACGACAGCUCACUUCAGAAGGUGACCGGUUGGACGCCUUCACCGGCGUUCUCCGUGUUCUUGGCAACUCGAAGGGAGGACAAGAGUUCUUCUGGGGAAUGCCGAAGAGCCGCUUAGAACUCUCCUUGUCUUGGACCGGGGGAGGAUCUCUUAUGCGGAACACUGCUCGCCACGCCAUAGCAGCAGGUGGCGUUUCCAGCCCAUUCCCGAGUUGGUCGUGGGCGGGAUGGUGCGGAUGGUUCGGAUCAUCCAUCACCAUGGAUGUUGAUACUGUUCAUUCUUUAACAGGCCUGUUGCCCCUUAGGUUCUAUCAACUGGGCCGCGACGGUGACCCAACACCGAUUCACAAUAAUCUUGAUGGAGAGGUGUCUCAGUUCCAGAAUGAUACUAUUGCUAAGCUUGGCAGCGAUACCGCAUACCUUCCUCGAUAUCCUUCUGGUGUCGAACACACUUGGAUGGAUAAGAACAAAACCGAGAUCACUACGUCCGAUAUCCCACAUACUAUACGGUCAAGCGACGUGGCUCCAGCCCUUCUUUGCUUCUGGACUAGCACUGCCAUUCUGAGUAUUCACCAGGAACCUCACAAAACCCAGGCAGGGGUUCUCAAUACUGGAAUCGGUGAUGAGAAAGAAUCAAACCCUUGGUUUUGGACCUACAAAGCACCAAGGCUGGGGGUAACACAAGGCAAGUUCAUCGUGGUUGGCGGUUCGGUCCAAAGGCCAAGCCGUGGAGGACAACUCUUGUUGAACAUAAUGUUGGUUGAAGAAAAUAGUGCUGCAUUUGAUGCUGCUGUUCAAGCGGGAGCAACUGAGCGUGCCCAUACGGUGUCCUUUGGUCAAAGUGCUAUUACGAACGCUGUGGCAAAUAUGCUGUUUAGUGAUGUAGAAGACAUCGAUCGGUCCAAGUCCGUGGCAGAACUUGGUGUGGAUAAUUUGAUUGCAGCUAAGUUGCGAAAUUCAUUCCUCCAAGCACUAGCGACAAGCAUCAGCAUGUUAGACCUUCUUGACCCGAGUGUGGCCAUCAAAUCUCAGGCUGAGAGUAUCACCGAUAAGGCGUUAGCGGUCAAAGAUUAG